AACAAAAAACAGGUAUAUUUGAGAGGUUUUAUCUUCGCAUUAUUUCAAGAUAACCAAAGUUCAUCGCGCAAAAUGAUGCCCACCCUUAUAUACUCCCAAAAUUGUUAUAUUUCGUGAAGUUUUUGUGUAACGGAAAAUUGGGGUUGAAUGCUUGGGGUUAACAGCCUCUCGCAAUACUUCCGUGUUUAGUAUACUAAUUGUUAUACUAAAGAAUGAAUAAACAUCUUUUUGUGCUUAACUUUUUUAAUACAAUUUUCAGCUGUGAUGGAGCAAGUGCAAUGGUCCACGCCAAAUAAAAAUGGUAUGAAUCGACAUAGUGGUUCACCUUCAAAGAGUCCUACUUGUCACAGAACCCCUACAAAGCAGAAUGAUGCACGACAUAAACAAACCACCUACCAAAACUGUACAGGUGGCUUCACCGUUCUACCUAAUCAUAUCACUCCACCUUCCGGAUUUACUAAAUUUAUUGCCAGGAAUCCCUUUGACGCUAAUCUCACUAAUAGACUACAUCUGUCUGUGAUCAGUCCUACUAUAUUCAGUAAGGUUGCUAGCCCACUUCAAGACUCGCCUAGCUUAGUAUGGAGUGUCGAUGAAUUGGCCAUUAUUAAACCAGCUAAAAUAGAAGAGUCUCCUGUACAACAAUUAUUUUGUUCGGAUCCAGAGAUUGAGAUUAAGGCACAGGCUGCUAUCAACCAAUUUUUUAAUACCAAACAGAUUUUACCAAGUCCAUGGGAUCUUAAACGGAAAGAAAAAAAACUGGAAAUGUCUACACCUACCAGGCCUCAAGAAGAUUUAAAUAGUACCAAAGAUUCUCACAAAUCGAAGAGAGACAGCUAUGCGCAAACUGUACUUUCUUUACCUCCGAAAUUACCACUGGAUUUAGAGGAGGCCCUUAAGCCGUACUUUACAUUUACACAGGAACAGCAUUCUGAGAAUGAUGAAGCCAAUUUAAGUAAUAGUUCUUUGCGAAGAAAGCUGUUUUUCUCACAAGAGGACAGUCCGGAAGAUGAACGCUACAGUUCCAUGUCACUCUCGCCCGUAAAAUCACAUGGAUCAAUGGACUUUGGUGUUAAUUCUAGCCCUACUCAGAGCGGGAUGCUGCAAAAUGGACAUCCUUUGGGGACUGAUUCGCAAAAGGUGGAGCGCAAUCAUGGAACGCCAAUGGCAAACUCUGGGAAUUUAUCACCACUAAAUAUGUCUCCGAUUCAUAAUAAUAUUAGCGACAUGUCCUGUCAAAGUAUCAAGUCUCGAGUUUCUCGAUCUGUGGCUAGAUUAGACUUUACAACUGACAUGAGCAUAGAAGUAUCUAUGAUCACAGAGAAGCAGACUGACCUUAACAAUGAGUCUAAUAUUUCAACAACAAGUUGCCGUUCAACUUUAGGUACGUCUAUGCUGUCUACGGAGUUGAAUAGUUCAGCUGAAAAUUCGGAACAAGUUUUAGGCAAUGAGAAAUUAUGUGAGAGGACAAGACAGAACGAAACCGUUGAAAUGAUACUUUUAGGACACAAAACACCCCCGGUCACAAGCCCGGUGAAUAAACUUGAACGUCAUGUAUGCCUCGGUCAACGAGAAGAUAAUAAGGACUGCUGGAAUGUAGCCACGGAAUGGUGUAAAGUGCACUCGCACGAGCAGCAAUGCAAUACUCAUACUAUUUCAGACCAACAAAGUACUUUGAAUUUCGCUCAAGAUACAGGAUACCAAACUUAUAGUAUGAACGGUACCAGUGUGACCGAAAGCAUUAAUGUCACUCCAACCAAACAAAAAAUUCACUUGGAUGAGAAGAUUAUAUAUAAUGAUGAAGAGUUACAUUUGUCAGACUGGAAAAAAAAUCUGAUUAAUAUAUACAGCUCAACUCCUUCAAAAAAUAGAGCUAAAGAUAAUUGAAUUUCAGUACAUGCCUUAAAUAGAUCUUAAAUCGGUGUAUGCGUAUCGCAAGUUUCAUUGUACUUUGAGAUACAUGUAGCACGGCAUAUUUAUGACGGUGAAGUAAAACAACAGAGUUCUGUUAUCGAAUAUUAGGAUCAUCAGAACUUUGAUAAUAAUAUGUAGAAUUAACAUUAAUUGAUAAUUUGCAAGCCGCGAUUAAAUUAGAUACGUGUUUGUCAGAAAAUUUGUGAUAUUUUAUAAAUUUCUGAAACAUAUGACUGCCAUAUUUGUUGGAUACUCGUAAUAUUAUAUGACUAGUAUGUAUUCUAAUAGUUAUUUUGUCUAUAACUACAUUCACUGCCUUUGUGAUUGCUGAUUUCACUUUACUAUGAAAUUUAGCUUGUGAUUUAAUGUAUUCUCAAAUUGGACUAGUUGAGAAUAUUAGAUUAAGUGUACAUAAUAUAGAUAUUGCUGAGUACUUAGUCAAAAUGUCUUUUACGAUUUAUACAUGUGUGUUUUUACCUGAUUCUACCGAACUCUGUUCGCUAGUCGUAAAUUACAGGCUCCUGUGACCAUGGCAACUCAUGCUCGUUGUUUUUUUUUUUCUUUAAUUAGGACUCAUCGUGCGAUUCUUUGUGUAACUGACUCUGUGUGUCGGUGUUUCUGACAAUUCAUCUCGCGGGAUUUUUUCAAAAUACAUACUUUCUGACGCUCUCUCCCCUUCUGGGAUACGGGGGAAAUAUAGGAUUCUUUUAUGUGAAGAUAACAAAUGAGUGAUUCCACAGAUAAUUUAAAAAAAUAUUCUGAAACAAAUUUAUUGCACAAGAAUAGGGCAUCAUCCUCUGCAACAAUCCUUGCGUAAGAGUCAAAGUUGUAUGAAUCAAUUGAUAACUGCUUUACGUUUAACAAACCUAAAUGACAAUCUAAUUUUAUGACUUUUGAAUACAUAUAGAUUGUUCAGUUACACCUGUAACACUUAUGCUAUGAAUAAAUAACAAAAAAAUUGUGUAUAGAUAAAAUUGUUUGAGAUAAUGUAUAAAUUAAGAGUUUAUUAAUAAAUCGUGAUAAAAAAAAUAUAAAAUAAUGAAUGAAUCAACAUGAAUUAUAUGACGGUAUAAAUUAACAAUAUGAAAAUUGACAAAAAUAAUAAAUAUGACCUUACUCAAACAAUUAAAAUUUAGACGAUGCCAAUAGGGCGUAUAAAAAAUGACAUGAAAAUAUCAAAAUAAAAGAAUAAGUAGGCGUACGAAUUUAUAUCACAAGACAAAGAUCAAAAUAAUCGGCCUAUAAAAGAAUAAUAAAUACAUGUAAAAUAACUAAAAGACAACACAAGAAUGAGAUGAAAGAAUGAAAAUGAAAAUGAUUAGUAAAAUUCGAAAAGGUAAUGAUAUCGUGACCGUUUUAAAAUGGCGUUGUCAAUCCUCAGCUAUGCAUCAUCCAGAAUCUCCCUCCUUUUCCUGGACUUCAGGUCUUAUAUAGAUUAGUUUAGUCCAUGAUAUUAAAAUGCAGGCUCCAGGUCGUAAUAUGCUCGAAAUAUUCAGGUUUUCUUUUUUGAAAUAAAUGUAAAGAUGACGAAGGUAUGGUGAGUACGUUUGAUGUGUAUCGAAGAAAUGAGGUAUAGAAAAAUGUAUAUUGAGGUGAUCACCGAUAUCGAGGAAGUGUGUCUUCAAUUAUGUUCCUUCUUGCCUCGUACCUCUUAUUCCUCCCACUCUUCGCUCUCUGAUCCUCAAUUCCCCUUCCUACAUCCUAUCGAUCAUCUGAUGAUUCGUUACACACCUAUGAGUAAAAAACUUAUUUCUGUAAUAAGAUCCAAUUUUUAGGGCCAUAGUAUUAACGAUUAGAACCACCUGAAAUGACGCGUUUCCAAACCACCUUCAACGAGGUAGCAUCCUCAGCUCGUUUCGAUUUUUUCUCCAAAUAGAACGAUCGCCAAAAGUACAGUUUCUAGAAUAUGUAAUAUAUUAUUAUAUGUAUAUUCUACAAACUGUGCCGAGGGCCCUAUGCAAACCACUUGUAGUUCAGCAUCCCAAGCCUGGCAAAGUAGAAUCUCGAACAUACAACUGGAAAAAAAAUAAUAUAACAGACACCUUGUACCAUGAAAAAACUAAUACACAGUAGUCUAAAAUUUAGACAUGUAAUUUGCAUUAUGAAUUACACAGAUAGAUAAGCAUUGCAUCUAUGAUUGCAUGAAUAAAAAUCGUAUGGAUAUAUGCGAGGAUAUAUGUAUAUAUAUGGACAAGUAAAACUUGCACAAAACAAUUACACAUAGUCACAAACAAAACAUAUACAUAAAACACUACAUAAAGAACAUGAAACACGAAACAGAACAGAUAAAUAGAUAAUCAUUAUUUUCAAACAUCUUAUAACUAAACAUUAUUAUCAAGAAUAAUCAAUAGAAUGAAACAGUAAAAAAUAUGAAUCGCAACGGUACAUUUUCUGAAAAGAGUAAAAGCAUUCGUCAAGUAAUUCAUAAAAUAGCAGACCUGAAACAUAUAGACAAGUGGUAAACAUGUCAUUGUUAUAAUAUAGGUGUAAUUUCACAUGAAAUUUUUGCAACGAAAAGACAUAAUUGGUAAUUAAUUUGUGAACCAUGAAACAUAUUAUUAUAGUGGAUGAUAUUUUCUGCAAAGAUAAAAAACGUAAAAUAAUUUUAGCUGCCAAAAUGGCUAGAUCACGAUGUGCGCCA